AGAGAUAAUCCUGCCUUUGCUAACCGUGCAACAACCCUUCUGGCACAAAUUAGCGAUGUUAAAUAUCUGUCCCUUUCGGCACAUUGUUUGGAGGUACAUUAUUCAUUUCUUGUUUGUUACAUCUAGGGAAGAAUUUAAAUAGGGGGCAGCAAAUAUCGUCUUCCUGAUUUCUUCUAGCAAGAAGAAAUUGGAUGGUGUGGGAUGCUGUAUUUACAUGGUAAUACAGUUUCCCGUAAAGUUGAAUUGAUUACUGAAAUGAGCGAGAUUACAUGGUAAAUAGGCUUUUGUUUGGAAAUGAAAUAACAAGGAAAUAAAAUUGUAUUUACAUAGCACGAUUCUCAUCUUUAUCCCCUUUUCUUAAUAUCAAAUAUAGUGUUAUGUGACCUUUUCCCUUUCUUUACUUUCUAUUAAAAGAAGUACUAUGCAUAUAUAAGCAAAUGUUUAAUUUCUGAUGAGUUUCUGUUUGACAAAUAGUUCAUCUUGCAUGAAGGCUUGUCAUCUGCCUAUUUUUCGUAAUUUGAGGCAACUGGAGCUGGUUCUUCAUUAUUGCUGUUCUUGGUGGCCAGAGUUGUUGAAGACAUCACCUAAUCUGGAAUCUCUUGUUUUAGAUCAUUCAAGACAUCCCUCUUGGCGCAUGGAUAGUUGUGAAUUCACAUGGCUACAAUGGAAUUCCCCAGAGUCGGUGCCUAGUUGUGUGUUGUCACAACUCAAAACUAUAUGUACAAGGAAUUUUAGAGGAGGGCAGGAUGAGAUGAAAGUGGCAAAGUACAUGUUAGAGAAGGGUCAAGUUUUAAAAAGUCUGACACUCUAUACAGCUCAUCUUGUGUGUACAAAGGAGAAGCUGUGCAUGCAACUUCUCAUGUUUUACAGAGGUUCAAAGACUUGUCAUGUUGAAUUGAAGUAAGAUGUAACUUUAGCUUCUGCAAGGUUCUUUUCAAUUGUACUGUACGUUCCUGAAAUGCCAUUGUAGCUUCUAUAAGCAUUUUUUUUUUCUAGCUUUUAGAACGAUUCUGUUAA